GCCUCGGCCAGAUUCGUCAGAUUUCAACGUGCUAGUCUUGCUCCGAUUUCCAAGCUUCAAUUGCCCCCUGACAAUUACCUCGUUCUCCGUUACGAACUCAUAAGGAUCAGUCGCAUGUGAUGACAGUGGCUUACAAAGUUACACAAGGUUUCCGGUCUCGGCACCUGGUCCUGGUGGCGCGGGGCUGAGUCUCCGCUCUGGGGCGCCCGGACGCUUCCAGAAUCGGCUUCUUGUGUUGGAACGUGCACCCGCAUUUUUGGGAACUUCCUUGGCCCUGUCAGGCUGAGCUGAAGCCAGAGUCGGGAGCAUGAAGUCGUUACUGCGGCAUACCGCAUCGCUUUCCCGCCAUGCGCGCGGGACCCUCCCCCGGCCGACCGUUACUCGACCGAUAAUACCUUCGGCCACCUCGAGCGGGAGGCGGUUGCAAAGCAACACCAGCACCGUCACGGGAACACCUCCGCCGCCGCCAAACCACUCCUCCCCCUCCGUCAAUGCCUCGGAGAUAUCCCACUUUGACGCCCUGGCGUCAACCUGGUGGGACCCACACGGCUCCUCCCGCAUCCUGCACCUCAUGAACCCUCUCCGCCACGACUUUAUCCAGUCGUGCCACGCGUCGAAGCCCGACUCCCCCCCUCCGCCUCCCGGGCGCCGCCUGCGCUACCUCGACGUCGGGUGCGGCGGCGGCAUCUUCGCCGAGAGCGCCGCACGCCUAGCGACGACCGAGUCCGUGACGGCCAUCGACCCGUCCGCCGAGAUCCUCACGGUGGCGCGGCGCCACGCCGCCCGUGACCCGGCCCUCGCGGAGGGCAACCGGCUGACCUACCUGGACGCGACUGUCGAGACGCUGGCGGCGGCCCCGGGGUCAUUCGACGUGGUCACGCUGUUCGAGGUCGUCGAGCACGUCGACAACCCGGCGGCGUUCCUGGAGCGGUGCGGCCGGUUCGUGAGGCCCGGCGGCUGGCUUGUGCUCAGCACCAUCGCGAGGACGUGGACGAGCUGGUUCACGACGAAUCUUGUGGCUGAGGACAUACUGGGCAUGGUGCCCAAGGGGACCCACGACUGGAAGAAGUACAUCAAUGAGGACGAGCUGAGGGGUUACUUCGCGAAGCAGCCCGGCUGGAGCAACCCGCGGAUUAUGGGUGUCGUGUAUGUGCCCGGUCUUGGAUGGAAGGAGGUCGGUGGGAGCGAGAAAAUAGGGAAUUAUUUCUUUGGCAUCCGGAAGGACGUAGAAUGAGCGGUUGCUAAGCAUCGAAGAUCCUGCGUAGGUGUCUUCGUGUACAACAUGUAGGAUUAGAGAAUACAUAACUUUGAGGAGGCACAGGGUGCCACUGUCGGUAUAUUACCAUCAAGGGCAUAGAAUAGAGGGCAUUUGUGCUGUCUUAUAAAGGGAUGGAGGACUCGACACCUCGAAGGCCGCCUGGCACUAUCCAAGUCGGACUUUUUUCCACA